CCAUCAGCCCCGGGAGCAUCCGGGGGCCCAGCAAUGGCCGCAGCGGGAAAGCGGCUGCAGGCGGGGCUGCUCCCUCGGCGGCUCCGGAACCUGCUGGGGCCGCGUGUGCCCGGGCCACGGUGGCCUGGUGGUCAGGGCCCCUGCACGGCCAGCGGACCGAGGCCCGGCCGCCAUGUUGGCCUGGCCCCGCCCCCACCCGCCGGAAGUGGCAACCAGCACUUCCGGCCGCCAUUGUUCUGCGGGCCUCCAUUCCAGUUCGCCGCUGACGGGCGAGCAAGCGCGGGGCUGGCUAACGACCGCCGGGGUCCGCGGAGUCCACGGUCGGCAGGUGGCGGGCGGCGGGUGCGGAUGGAGGCCUGGGCCCCGGGCCUGGCGCGGCGGGGCCGGCGGCGGGCCUCGGGCUCCCCGCUCCCCCGGGCCGCCCUGGUCCUCCUGCUCUCGGCCUUCCUCCUGCGGGCGCCCCCGGCAGUUGGAUAUCUGAUUCGAUUACCAAGAGGUUUUAGCUUGACCCAAGAUUCGCUGAAAAUAGUGGGAUCACCAAAUUAUCCAGUGAAGGUAUAUGUUAUGGUCCAUCAAAAAAGUCCACACGUGUUAUGUGUAACCCAGAGGCUGCGGAAUACGGAGCUGAUCGACCCCUCAUUCCAGUGGCACGGGCCCAAGGGGAAGAUUAUCUCAGAAAACAGCACCACACACAUAACCACCACAGGGAGCCUGGUGUUCCAGGACUUUGAGGAGAGUAUGACUGGCGCUUACACGUGCUUCCUGGAGUACAAGCCUACCGUGGAGGAGGCGGUUAAAAACGUCCAGCUCAAGUUCAUUGUGUACGCGUAUCGUGAGCCGCACUUUUAUUACCAGUUCACAGCGCGAUACCACUCGGCUCCUUGCAAUAGCAUCUAUAACAUUUCUUUUGAGAAUAAACUUCUCCAGAUUUUAAGCAAACUGGUUCAUGACAUUAAGUGUGAAGUUUCCUUACAGAAGUCUGAAUGCCAUCAUGUUAAAAUGCAAAAAGCUGGUUUUCAAAAUGAAUUGUUUUUUAAAUUUGCAGUUUCAUGUAUAGAUACUGAAAAAGAACCCAAGCCAUGUGACGACAAUACUUGCGACCAUUCCAGAAGGCUGUCUAAGGCUAAAAAUCUCAUAGAGAGAUUUUUUAGUCAACAAGUAGAAGUUCUCGGCCGACGUGCCAGCCCAUUGCCUCAGAUAUACUACAUUGAAGAUACCCUGCAGAUGGUGUGGAUCAACCGCUGCUUUCCCGGCUAUGGAAUCAGUGCCGCGAAGCAUCCCAAAUGCCCCGAGUGCUGCGUGAUCUGCAGCCCCGGCUUCUACAACCCCAGCGACGGGACGCACUGCCUGCACUGCAACAGCAGCCUGCUCUUCGGGGCCAAGACCUGCCUGUAGGCGCCGUGCUGUGGGGCUUGUCACAUGGACGUACAGUUUUGAAAUAUUAAUUCAUAAUAAAUCACUAUUAUGCAAAAUUAAAUGUA